AAGAAUAUUUAUGAUUAUUUAUUUUUUUGGCUAGAAACUCAUUAAAAAUAUUUUAUUUUCAUAUGAUUCAUAAAUUUUCCCUUUAAUUUAGUUUCAUUGCAUUUGAUUACCUUAGCCUCAAAGCUUCAAGUUUUCUCUAGAUCUCCAAUUACUAUUGGAACAAAAAUAAUUCAAAUUAUUCACUUAAUUUGAUCUCCGAUCAAUGGCGAAGGAAUUUAACGUCCCGCCGGUGGUUUUUCCGUCUGGCGGAAACCCCGGUCCACAACAACGUCGGCUUCCAACGGCGCCGUUUCAGCCACCGAAGUCAUCGAACCCUGGGAUACCUUUCAUGUCCUUUGAUGUAGGGUCUGCUGCUGCUUCCACUUCAUUUUCCACUCCACAAUUCGCAUCCACCACCAUCGGCGGCGGAGGAUCGAUGGGUUUUGAAGACGAGCCGCCGUUGCUGGAGGAGCUUGGGAUUAACACAAAGCAAAUUUACCAAAAGACUAUAUCGAUUAUGAAUCCAUUUCGGGUUAAAGCAGAUCUUCACGAAGAUGCUGAUCUCUCUGGACCGUUCAUAUUCCUUAUGGCGUUCGGGCUUUUCCAAUUACUUGCUGGAAAGCUUCAUUUUGGAAUCAUAUUGGGAUGGGUAAUCAUGGCUUCGUUGUUUCUCUAUGUAGUGUUCAAUAUGCUCGCCGGCAGAAAUGGGAAUUUGGACUUGUACAGGUGUGUCAGCCUGAUCGGAUAUUGUAUGUUGCCUAUAGUGAUUUUAUCGGCGAUCUCAUUGUUUUUGCCCGGUGGAUUGGUGAUCAAGGUGGUGACCGGAGUUUUUGUGUUAUGGUCCACGCGGGUUUGCACUAGGCUUGUGGUUGAACUUGCAUCUUGUGGGGAUGAACAUCGUGGGUUGAUCGCGUAUGCUUGUUUCUUAAUUUACAUGCUUUUCUCUUUGCUAGUGAUAUUUUGAAUCAGAUUAAUGUGUUAGUAUAUUGCAGUUUAUAGCUUGAUCCAUUUUUUAAUGCCUUGAAGUCUUUAACUUGUGAGGCUAGAGUUUGUUAGUUCUAUUUGCUAUAGAUGAAUAUAAAGAACUGAAUUAUGUAGUUUCAAAUUCACAAUUUGUUAUAGUUGAAGAGAGUUGUGGUUUUGUU